CCACAUCUCUCCCCCUCCCCUCAGCAAUCUCUCUCUCUACCUGUCUCUCUCCCCACCUCCCUCCCCGCUUCCCUCGGUCCUUCCCGGUCCUCCCCCCUCUCGGUGCGGACAUGCUCCGGGUGGUGAGGAGAUGAGGUUCCGAAAUGUCUCCUUGACGCUCUUGUUGUUUGGACUGUGCGGGCUGGUCUCGCUGUCCUGGUACACCGCCUUCAGCAGCUCCAGAGGAGAUGUGGUGGACAUCUACCAGAGGGAGUUCCUGGCCCUGAGGGAGCGUCUGCACUCGGUCGAGCAGGAGAACCUGCAGCGCUCCAAAGAACUGAACGUGGUUCUGGAGGAGAUCAAGCGGGCCAUCGCGGAGAAACAAGUGCUGAGGGACAUCAACAGAACCUGGAGCAGCCUCUCUGGUCUGGAAACACUCAGGCCAGUCACCUCUGACGCGCCAGCUGGUCUAAAGUGGUCUCCCUGUGUGCGUGCGUGUGUGUGUGUGUGUGUGUGUGUGUGUUCAGAGGAGACCAGGUUGAAGUUGUGGAACGUGAGCAGCAGUAAAAACUUCCUCCAACUUCCUUCAGUCCUCCAUCAUCUUCCUCACUUGAUCCACUGGGAAGACAGUCUGCAGCCCGACAUGCACGUGGGCCAAGGACGCACUGGCGGUCAGUGUGCGUGUGCGUUCUCCAUAGUGAUGGGCGUUCCCAGUGUGAAGAGGGAGGUCCACUCCUACUUGACGGACACACUCAACUCACUGAUGUCACAGCUCAGCGCCGCUGAGAAGGACGACUGCGUCAUUGUCGUCCUCAUCGCCGAGGCGGACCACGAGUACGCCAUGAGCGUAGCGGGCAACCUGAAACAGCUUUUCCCAGCAGAGAUUCAGUCGGGUCUGUUGGAGGUGGUGUCGCCAUCGGUCCACUUCUAUCCAGACUUCUCCCGCCUCCGAGAGUCGUUUGGGGACCCGUUGGAGAGAGUGAAGUGGAGGAGCAAGCAGAACCUGGACUACUGCUUCCUGAUGAUGUACGCGCAGUCCAAAGGAACGUUCUACGUCCAGCUGGAGGACGACAUCGUGGCGCGGCCCAACUACUUAACCACCAUGAAGAACUUUGCUCUGCAGCAGCCUUCAGAGGAGUGGAUGAUUCUGGAGUUUUCUCAACUCGGCUUCAUCGGUAAGAUGUUCAAGUCUUCAGAUUUGUCCCUCAUCGUGGAGUUCAUGUUAAUGUUCUACAAAGACAAGCCCAUCGACUGGCUGCUGGACCACAUCAUGUGGGUCAAAGUGUGCAACCCCGAGAAGGACGCGAAACACUGCGACAGACAAAAAGCCAACCUGAGGAUUCGCUUCAAGCCGUCCCUCUUUCAACAUGUCGGGACACACUCCUCCUUGGCCGGAAAAAUCCAGAAACUCAAGGACAAAGACUUUGGCAAGCAGACCCUCCACAAGGGACACGCUAACCCACUGGCUGAGGUGACCACCAGCCUGAAGACCUACCAGCACUUCACCCUGGAGAAGGCCUACCUUGGAGAAGACUUCUUCUGGGCUUUCACCCCCGUGGCCGGGGACUUUGUACGCAUACGUUUCUUCACGCCUGUGCGCAUUGAGAGGUACUUUUUCCGAAGCGGAAACAUCGAGCAUCCGGGAGACAAACUCUUCAACACGUCUGUGGAGGUUCUCCCCUUCGAUAACAUUCAGGCAGACAAAGAAGCCCUGGCUGACGGGAAGGAGAAAAGCCAAAGAUACCAUCGCAUGGAGGAUGGAUUCAUCAGAAUCGGAAUGUUCCAGAAGGGUAUUGCAGAGGGGGAAGUGGAUCCAACCUUUGGGCCCUUGGAGGCCAUGCGCCUCACCGUGAUGACCGACUCUCCGGUUUGGGUCAUCCUCAGUGAGAUCUUCAUCAAGAAGGCCGAGUGAGGGUCUUCCUGCUCAGUCAGCCUCCGCCUGAGUGGUUCCGCUAGCCGCCUCCACAACCACGGUGCCACAGCGCCGCCCUCUGGUGGAGCUUUGCCACUGCAGGAAGAAAAGCACAGCAGCCAGACAGACACGAGGAGGACAGUACACACUCAGGAAGGAGCAAGGCGUGGACACAACCACAACGUUAUUUGGUCGCUGCAAUGGCGAGGCGCCGACGUGUGAUGCUGAAAGCCUUUUCUCCGUGAAACCGCCACGGUGCGAAGCUGGAUCUUCUCAGGAUGAAGGCCUGUUUCCAGUAGGAACGUGAACAUCACCAAGAUGACGUGUGCCUUGUAAAAAGGGUUGCUGUGGUUUUGGAAAGCCUGGAGACAUCCUGCAGACAUCCAGCCUGUCACUAAGAAGUGCUCUUCAUGAGGUCAUGGAGGAAGUGAGAUACUAUCUGCUCCAAAUGUGAUUGGUGCUCUGCUUCAAGGCAGAGAUGAUCACAUGACACAGUAAACACUAGAUGUUACAAAUAUACUUACUCAAAGUACUUUCUGUUCUCUUUUCAUGUCUUUCUUGCCACAUUCAUACCUGAUAGUAAAAUAUCAAUUAUUAAAAGACGGGUCAUUACCAGGACUUGUGAACAUUAGUGUUUAAUAGAUAAUCAUUUCAUUUGGGACCUCUGGAUCAAAUUCCCAGCCAGAUGAUUUGCUUUUUAAACAGUUACACUGAAGUUGUAGUAGAAUAUUAAUAAGUUGAAGAAGCAGUAUUGUAUUGUACUGUGGACUCCAGCUUCAGAAGGCGCAUGAAUGCUAAUUGUGUUCAGGUGUGCCUCGUUGCUCCACACCUCGCUGGCAGCCACACCUUUAAAUGAAACCAGAAGAAGAGCAAAUUAAACGUCACAACUUUUAGAAUAUUUAUUUACUCUUUGAAAGCGUUUAGUUGACUGUCUGCUCUGACAAUAAAAGAAAAAAAUACAAGUUGUCUUCGAUUUAAGCUAAACUCAUGAAAAAAAUACUUAAUACUUCUUUCCCCAGAUUUACAAAAAAAGUACAUGUAGUG